ACUCCCUCCAGAAGGCGAACCUCCACAGCAGACGCUCAUCACAGUCGCAAAACCCCGCACUGCCUGACUGACUCUGGAAUUCUCCGGCCGAAACCCUAACUCGACUGAAGGAGAUCUUGAUUCUGCCCGGAAAUGGAGCUGGAGGACGAGAUCUACGAGAACGGAGGGGGCGAUGAUUCGGCGCGCAGCAGGCCGAUCAUCAGCGGCGAGCAACUCGACAUCGAGGCGUACGCUAGCCUUUACAAGGACCGGACGAAGAUCACGCGGCUCCUGUUCAUCGCCGACCACUGCGACAACGAGUCGAUGAAGCUCGAGGCGCUGAAGAUGGCCUAUGACGAGAUUAAGAAGGGAGAGAACACGCAGCUGUUCCGGGAAGUGGUGGACAAGAUCGGAGGGAAGUUGGGAGAGAAGUACGGGAUGGACUCCGCCUGGUGCGAGGCUGUGGAUCGGAGAGCGGAGCAGAAAAAGGAGAAGUUGGAUAAUGAGCUCAAUUCCUACAGAACCAAUCUCAUAAAGGAAAGCAUAAGGAUGGGUUACAAUGACUUUGGAGAAUUUUAUUAUGCCCAUGGUAACCUUGGAGAUGCGUUCAAAAGUUUUGUUCGCACCCGAGACUAUUGUACCACGUCGAAGCACAUAAUCAGCAUGUGCAUGAAUGCAAUCCUGGUGAGCAUUGAAAUGGGUCAAUUCACUCAUGUGACGAGUUAUGUCAGCAAAGCUGAACAAACACCAGAUGCCCUGGACCCCAUCACAGUUGCAAAAUUGCGCUGCGCCGCAGGGUUGGCUCAUUUGGAGGCUAAAAAAUACAAACUUGCUGCCCGUAAGUUCCUGGAAACUGGCCCUGAAUUGGGAAAUCACUAUAAUGAAGUUAUUGCAUCUCAAGAUGUUGCAACCUAUGGAGGGCUUUGUGCUCUUGCUAGUUUUGAUCGAUCAGAACUGAAGACUAAAGUAAUAGAUAACCUCAACUUCCGAAAUUUCCUAGAGCUGGUUCCUGAAGUGAGGGAGCUUAUUAAUGACUUUUACUCAAGCCGUUAUGCCUCAUGCUUGGAAUACCUUGGGAAUCUAAAAGCAAAUCUGAUGCUCGACAUCCACUUGCAUGACCAUGUGGAGACACUUUAUAAUCAGAUCCGCCACAAAGCUAUCAUCCAAUAUACCCAUCCUUUUGUGUCUGUGGACUUGCGGAUGAUGGCUAAUGCUUUUAAAACCAGUGUUGCUGGGCUGGAGAAGGAGCUUGAAGCUUUGAUCACAGACAACCAGAUACAGGCUCGGAUCGACUCCCACAACAAGAUAUUGUAUGCACGACAUGCUGACCAGAGGAAUGCUACUUUCCAACGGGUCCUGCAGACGGGAAGCGAGUUUGAGCGCGAUGUGAGCUCAAUGCUACUAAGAGCAAAUCUCAUAAAGUACGAUUACAAUGUUAGGUCUAGAAAAUCUUGAAUUGUUGGGAUUCUGGAAGGACCCGUCAGAAAGAUCCGCUGUCCAUAGUUUGGCUUGUUCGGUGGGGGUUCAGUGAGCUAUUUCACUCGUCACAGAAUUUUUGUGAAGAGCCAGUGAUCAUGUUUGAUAAGUGUACUCUAUACCAUCCACUGAAAAAGGAUGGGAUCUGUUGUCUCAUUGUCAAUCGAUGCCUCUCUUUGCAGUGAUCUCCGUGAA